ACAGACCACGAAAAUGACGACGAAGAAAAGCUGGUUUUGUUUCGCUCACAGCGCCCCUGCCGGUGUGGCGUGGAUUAGUCGGGCACAGGAAUGAAGCCAAGCCACUCCUCUCACCUGAUGUGUAUGCAUGCUUGCAUACCUUCAGGACAGCAGGCGUAGGCUGAGGCCUCUCAGCCAUAUUUGCAGACAGGCGAAAAGGACAGAGGGAUACGGAAGUCUGAUCUUGAUCUAUGCAAAAUCGACAGGAAGCUUCAGCAAGAAGGAGGAGGACCCGGUCCAGAGUAGGACUUGUGUCUUGCAUGCAUCUUAAUGCGACACCACAGACUAAAAAACUGCCUGGUUGAAAGAGAGCGGAUGUGAGGCGUGUGAGGCUUGUUUGUUGUGCGCUUCAGGUUCAGACAAAUCAACUGAGGGGUUGUUUGUGCACUUGUGUGUGUGUGUGUGUGGGAGAAUGUGCCUAUACAUGCACAGCUCUGUGACAGCAGUAUAAGCCCAGUAUAACACAGUGAUGUGUCUUUCCCUCCCGCAUAACUUGAUUUAAAACCUCACAUGCUGGCUGAUCAUAUGAUGUUGCUUUCAAGACUGCAGGGGAUCUGUAAAUGACGGGACUUGAGAUUGUAUCAUGCUGCAGGAUGUCACAGUUAUGCAGCCUUACAAAAUGAACAUCCUUCAUACAGCAAAAGAGGACAGUUAAGCAACAUCAACAGCUACGUAUUUCACUGAAACUCAUAAAACCUUGACAACAGAUCUGACUGAGAGAGACAGCAAUGGAGGAGGAAAACUUGUGUUCCUUUCUUCCAGAUAUUACAGAGUCAGACUUUCAGCAGCCUCACCCAGACUCAAGGGCCUCUGCAGAUCAUAAGUACAUCAAUGGAGAACAGGAGGCCAUUGUUUGGGGUGAGACGGAAGUGCAGAUAAACCAGUCGCACAUGACAGAUCAACUUAGUCUUUCCUCAAAGGCAGGACAAAAGAUUCCUGAGGAGGCAGAAGAGUGGGAACAAAUAGUGUGGCCAGUACGCCCCAUGACCUGCACCAGUACUCCGCUCUCCUGUGCCACAGUACAGUGGGACAUGCCCGGCGUCUCUGUGGAAACAUAUUCGCUCAUGAAUGACAGCAGCUUGGCCAAUAAGCUGGACUCCGGUGGUGUGACGUGUCGAGACAGCACUUCCCCAUCACCUCACCAAUCUGAAGAUGUUAAUGCUGAGCUUUUUGUGCUGGAGGAGAGAGAGGAACAUGAUGGGUCUAAUUCACAGCUUCUGAGCUCAGUAAUAGAAUGGACAGGAAGCAGCUAUGAGCCAUGUGACGCAGCAGCCCAAGAGUGGAUGACACACGAAAAGGAAGAUUCAACACACCAACUUUUAAAAAGUAAUAAUAAAAUCCCACUGAGGACAGACUCAGAAGAAGAGGAGGGGCACUGGCUAACGUCAGAUCCUGUUGAAACUGUGGACUUAAUCAAUACUGUUGAGGAGACUGAAGUCUCAGAGGAUGGGGUGGACAGUUUUGUAGAUCUAAAAUUAGAAGAGGAACGGGGGGAGUCUGUCUUUCUGCUGACUGGACAGGGAAACUCUGAGGAAGAGCAAACUUCAGUAAACGGUCUUGGGACUGAAGAAGAGACUGAGAAGGGAGAUGAAGUAGAAGAGGAGCUGAGUGAGAAGGGAGAUGAAGUAGAAGAGGAGCUGAGUGUGACAAAUGUGUCCUGUACUCAAGAAAGUGACGAAGAGACAAAAACUGUCUGUUCUCUGAGCGAUGUGUGAGUAUCACCGACUUAAAAAAAGG